ACCGGCACCGGCACCGGCCCGGAGCGCAGGCGGCGGAGCGCGGGCGGCGGCGGCGGCAGAUCAGAAUGGUCUUGGCUCAGACUUUCACCAUCUCCCUACGGAAGUAAGUGCUGAAAGUUGCAUCUUGUGGACAGACUGGUCCUCGCUGCCCCACAAAGCCACCCUGGCCACCAGCCCACCUCAGUCCGCCACUGGACUCCACAUUCCCGUUCAUGGCAAUGCCCCAGAACUCCACCAGAGUAAAUGGCUUUUGUUUCACUCAGCCCCUCGACUUCUCCUGCCCGCGCCCCCAUCCCGGCGAGGCCGGCCGGGCGCUGGGUGCAGCGAGCGGGGGGGAUGGCUGCAGCACCCCCCUGAGCAAUGGCAUCACAUCCUCGGGGGCUCCCAGCCCCUCGGGCUCCUGCGCCCAGCCCCUCUGCACGGCCCAGGAGGAGACACCACUCGAGGAAGGGAUCAAAUACGUGUCUGCUGAUGGAGAGGAACUGGCCUGCGGCUGGGGGGGGUUCACCCCUGGCUGCUUGCAGCUCUGCAACACAUCCAAAGGCGUCUUGUUCUUCCUCUGCGUGGCCUCCUUCCUGCAGGGCAUGACCGUCAACGGCUUCAUCAACACCGUCAUCACCUCCAUCGAGCGCCGCUUCGACCUGCGCAGUUACCAGAGCGGGCUGAUCGCCAGCUCCUACGACAUCGCGGCCUGCGUCUGCCUGACCUUCGUCAGCUACUUCGGGGGGAACGGCCACAAGCCCCGCUGGCUGGGCUGGGGCGUGCUGGUCAUGGGCUUGGGCUCCCUGCUCUUCGCCCUGCCCCACUUCACCACGGGGCGCUACGAGGCGCGCUCGGCAGCCCAGCUGGGCGUCUGCGGGGGGAACCAGAGCCUGCCCUGCUCCCAGGCUGCCUCCAGCCUCUCUGGCUACAGGUUUGUCUUCAUGCUGGGGCAGUUCCUGCACGGCAUGGGAGCCACGCCGCUCUACACGCUCGGCGUCACCUACUUAGAUGAAAACGUCAAGACCAACUACUCGCCCGUGUACAUUGCUGUUUUCUACACUGCUGCAAUCCUUGGGCCUGCAGCGGGUUAUCUGGUAGGAGGAAUGUUUCUAAAUAUUUAUACUGAAAUUGGCAGAGAGACGGACAUGGCCCCCGAGAACACCCUGUGGGUGGGGGCCUGGUGGAUCGGCUUCCUGGGGGCCGGGGCCGCCUCCCUCCUCAUCUCCAUCCCCAUCCUGGGCUACCCCCAGCGCCUUCCAGGAUCCCAGCGCUACAUCGUCAUGAGGGUGUCAGAGGCUCAUCAGCUAAAGGAUGGGAGCCACAAGAAAGCCUCAGAUCCGGACUUUGGGAAAACGGUGAAAGAUCUGCCUCGGUCAGUGCUGCUACUUCUGAAGAACCCCACCUUCAUCUUCCUCUGCUUAGCAGGAGCAACUGAAGCCACCCUGAUUGCAGGGAUGUCCACGUUUGGACCCAAAUUCCUGGAGUCUCAGUUUAGUUUAAGUGCCUCUGAAGCUGCCACCUUUUUUGGUUAUCUGGUCGUGCCAGCUGGAGGGGGAGGCACAUUCCUGGGAGGAUUCCUCGUGAAUAAAUUUAAACUGCGCUGCUCAGGAAUCAUCAAGUUGUGUUUGUUUUGCACAGUGUCAAGUCUGCUGGCCAUAUUCAUUUUUUUUAUCCACUGCCCUAACAUGCCCAUGGCAGGAGUAACCCAGAUGUACGAUGGAAGUGCUUUGCCAGGUGGGCACCUCAACCUGACAGCAGCCUGCAAUGCCCAGUGUGGCUGUUUGCAGGACACCUACAGCCCUGUCUGUGGCACUGAUGGCAUCAUGUACUACUCCCCCUGCCAUGCUGGCUGCAGAAGUGUGUCUGUAAACCUCAGGAAUGGCAAGAAGGUCUACCAAGAGUGUAGCUGUGUUGACAAAGCCCUCCUGCCUGGCUCUGGCAAAGCAGAGGCAGGGAAAUGCACCUCCUCCUGUGCCAAAAAGCCUUUGCUCCUGUGCUUCAUGUUCGUGGUCAUCCUCUUCACCUUCCUGAGCAGCAUUCCUGCCCUGACUGCCACUCUCAGGUGUGUCUCUGACAGGCAAAGGUCCUUUGCACUCGGGAUCCAGUGGAUUGUGGUACGAACCUUAGGAGGCAUCCCUGGCCCCAUUGCCUUUGGCUCCAUGGUUGAUAAAUCCUGCCUGCUCUGGCAGGACCAGUGUGGCGAGCAGGGCUCCUGCUACGUUUACCAGAACUCGGCCAUGAGCCGAUACACCCUCGUCGCUGGACUGGCCUACAAGGUCCUCGGGACAACCUUCUUUAUAGUGGCCUGUUUACUCUACAAACCCCCACCUGCAGAGUCAGCUCCAGGCAGCUUGGAUGCAUCCGAAAAUGGCACCAGUGACCUCCAGGAGCACAAGCCUUCACUGCCAGCUGAAGAGGAUAUAUAGUGCUGUCCACAAGCAAGUGACUUUUUCAGCCUCAGAAAUACCAUGAGGAGAUGUUAUGCAGUAUCCCAAGGGGUUUUUAAAUCAACAGUAAUAUUUUAAAUUUUUAUUCUUUUUUUAGUUGAAGAUAAAUAAUUUAAGUAACCACUGGUGUGCUUUGCUAUUUUCUUAACAGCAGAAGCACAUUUAAAAUUGUGUGCUGGUGCCACGUGCAGUUAUUUAAUUUUAUUUAAAGAAAGGGCUACUGUAGCUUUAUUCUGUGUCUGUGACAAGCCAGGACCACGUUCUCCACUCGUGGAAGUAAUCACUGGUAACUCCAAUGGAGCAUGUGGGGUUUAAACCACCAGAGGAUCUGGGCUGACUCUAUUGAAUAUCUGAAUUGUAAAGCCAACUGUAGCAAAACUCCUGUUGGAUUUCCAAGCUGGGGAGGAGCACUGCUGUUCUGUAGUCUGCACUGCAAAGGGGUCAGCUGGCCCUUGAACUGCUGAAUGCAAAGCAGACAGACCUGGCAAUGUCCUCCUCCUUCCCAUGGCACACAGAAUCACUCUGUUCAGGAGCAGCUUCUCUCAUUAUGCAAGUUCCUAUUACUGGGAGAGGAGAUCGGAUUAGCAAAUCCAUCAGUACACUACAGGCAGCCAUUCCCAGAGCUGCCAAGCACUGUACACUCACUGCCUCACUCAUUGCAGGGUUUACACCGUGGUGACACUUCUGGUUUUUUAUUUGUGUUGUUUAAAAGCGACGCCUUUUGUAAUGUACUGAGCAAAACUUGAACUUCUUGCUGUUUGCUGGGCGUGGGAAGAUGGGAGAUACAGAUCUAUGCAAUGUUUACCUUGGGUUGUUCUGUAAAGACAGUGGGUUUGGGUGAACAGAAAGGUUGGAGUGAAUUUAGUUUGUCUCUAGACCAGUAUCCUGAGGGAUGGGUCUGCCUUGUGGGAGGGGGAUGCUGGCUUGUAGCUGCUUGCAAGGAGAGAGGGCAGCGUUCCCAAAACGACCUUUGAAUGUGCUCUUGCAAUAUUGAUCAGACCCUUUCUGAGGGGCAGAAGUGGAAUUGGGGCCUGUGUGGGUUUGAUUUCCCUCUCAGUGCAGAUGAGGCUAGGCUAGUGCUUGGUGUGCCAGUGUUUGCACAGCCUCGUGGUCCAGGUGCGUGCCCAGGGGAGGCAGAGCGAGCCCCUGGACCCUGCCUGGUGUUCCAUGUUCACAGGACAGGACCUGCACCACUGGCACUUCCUUCGUGCCAGCUCCAACUCACAAUUUCUUUGUAGGUGUUUUUGUAUAUUCUGUGUAUUUAUGCUUUCACAAAUGGAUGCAGGAUGGGCAUUUGCUUCCUUCAUUAGCAAAGGACUGACUCUCGGAGUGUUCCUGUUGCCCACAGGGAUGGUGCUGCUGGGAGUGUAGUUGAUAUUCAGGUCAGUGGAGGAAAGCAGCUUCUUCCAUUCACAGAUCCCCUUCCACCAAAGCCUGAGGGUGACCUCCCUGCUCCCAAAGCCCUUUUUUCCCAGCCCCUCUCGAGUGCUGGGACAGACUCUGCACCCCCUGCCCCAUCCCUGGAAAUGCUCAGUGCCAGCUUGGGUGGGGUUUUGAGCAAACCUGUCUAGCUGAAGAUGUCUCUGUCCACAGCAGGGGAUUGAAACAAAAUGAUCUUUAACCCAAACCAUUCUAUGAUUUUGUUUUUAUCUCUAGUAACUGCUGGAAAAACUGAAAGUGAUCAGGGCAAGGUGGAUGGUGGCUUUUGGCUGUUGUAGAAGGACAGCUGGUGCAGCUUUGAUGUGGCACAGGAGUGUGCAGGAGAGCCCUGUUUUUCUAGGUUGGCAGGAUUAGACCCACUGAUGCAGGAUUUAACCCCAACACUGCCCCAACACCUUCACCUGGGUUUGGAGCCACCUGCAAACAUGAGCCUGUCUCCAGGCCUUGGCCUUCCCAGCUUAGACACUUGGGGUACAAGCAGGGAUCUUAGAUGGGGGAAUGCAUGAAUGUAUUUUGGGAGCUUAUUUUAUCUAUGAUGUAUUUAUGAAAGUUUUAAGUUUUUCUUUAUAUAUAUAUAUAUAUAUAUAUAUAUAUAUAUAUAUGUAUGUAUGUAUGUAUGGGUAUAUAUAUAUAUAUAUGUGUGUGUAUAUAUAUAUAUAUCCAUAUAUAUAUAUAUAUAUAUGGAUAUUGCAAUGCAAUUUAAGUGUUUAUAAAAUGAGCUUUACCUGAGUGUGUUGUUUCCAGAGCUAAACAAAAGCUCCUGGGAUUCUGGGCAUUUAUUAUGUUACUGUGGGACUGGUAAUUCAAGGAUUUUAGUAAGCAGCAGCAUGGCAUUCCUGGUCCAUAACCAGGCUGUUUAGGUGUACAGGUCAUUUAAAAUAUUUGGAAGUAUGUUUCCCAGUCUGAUAUGAAGUAUUAUAUUGCCAUAAAAGCAUAGAAAUAUAACCACUCUUUCACA